AUUUCAGUGUGAAACCAGUUAUGGUUUUAAAGAAAAGGUGGCAGGGGCAGUUUAGUAAUAAUGCCAUACAUGUUCACGUAAUCAAGCGAGUCAUGACUUCUGACUUGCUUCUAUAAAUUGCAUCUGUCCGGAAGGGGAACACCACUCCAGUAACCUUCUCAAACAUUUUCUUAUAAAUAUCUCUAAUCAUUCCAAAAUAUUAGACACUUUUACGAUUAGAUUCAGAUUUAAAUUAAAAAUAAUAAUAAAAAGGGAAGAAAAGGGUUCAGGUGAGGAGUGGUGUAGGGCAUGAAAUUCUUACUGGAGCUCGUCGUGCCUUGCUUUGGUUCGCAGCAGUUCCACCACUCCGCCGCAACCGUGGAUGAUUCCAUUUCAGGCGAAACGCAGUCGCUAAUGAAACAGCGAAGGCGGCGGAAACGCGUCAGAGUUGCGGGCCAACCGGGACAAGAGUGGAGACCGUCCCUCAGUGUGAUCUCCGAGCACAAGCCGGCGAUAACUGAGAAAUCGGAAGAAGAGAGGAAAUCCCCUCGGAAAAGUGAAGUCAGCGGCGGAGACUCCUCGUACCGAUCCGGUGGUAGUCAUGUUCGUUUCAGCAGUGACGGUUUGGGGAGUAAUGAUUUUGAACCAGUAAUUCCGACAUUCUCACCGACCCCGUUUAUGUUUUGAGAUUCACUUUCUUCGUAAAGUUUGUUUAUGUAUAUAAAUAUUAUGUAUAUAUAUAUUUGAUAUUAACUAGUAACUGCCACCGAUAUAUAAGCAUAUAUCAAUAAAUAUGUUUGUUGAUGAAAAAAAAAGUUUGUUUAUCAAUGUUGAAUGUUAAGUUUAUCUGCUUACCCUACUCAGCACGUAGAGCAACCAAAAUGGGUAUCUAAAGAAAGUUUUAUGUGAAAAUACUGCUCAAUACGUGGUU